AUGCCUCCGCGUUUUCCAUUCCAGCCUUCACUGAAGGCAUUCGCUGGCUCGCUAUCUGGCCAAAGCCAUCUGGCCGCUCUGUCAAAUGCCUCCAAAUCUACCGUGAGGGCCGCGUCCACGAAGUCGAACCCGCAGAAAAAAACCGAUUUCUUCCGAAUCUCGCAGGCGCGUCAACGCAAGGCAGCCAACAUCUCGCGACAAAAAGUUCUCCAGGCGGAACGGGAAGCCUCGAUCGGUGACCCGGUUGAAAGCAAGCCGACACCUUUCAUCCAAGAGAUUCAAUCUAUUCAGAAUGGCUCCAAGCCUCCGUCAAGCUCUGACCUCAACUAUUAUUUGAAAUCCGAUGGACUCAGCGGGGCCUUGCAAUUCUCCAAGGACUUGACCGAGCCGCUUCAGAACCCGGAUCGCGACACCGCAGACCCUCACGUCGAGAGAGAAGUAGCUGAGCUGCAUCGGCAGCAGCAUCAGAACGCGGAAGAGGCCAUUCAGCGCAUUGUGAACCUCAGUAAUGGCAACACAAAAGAUCGCCUUCGACUGAUCGUCCAAAGAUGCAUUGAACAGUUCGGUCGACACAGCACGGAUGCAGUUCUACCACCUAAGCCGGCUAGUGUGCAACAUGAGUCGGCAACGAGUCACCUCGAGAAGGUGCCUCGUGUCGGACCUGACACCGGUUCCCCUGAAGUCCAGGCGGCCAUCUUGACUGUCAAAAUUAUGAAUCUUUCUCGGCACUUGCAAUCCUCCAAUAAGGAUAAGCACAACAAGCGCAACCUCCAGAUUCUUGUUCACAAACGACAGAAGCUGCUCCAAUACAUUCGCAGGAAAGAGCGUGGCGGACCUAGAUGGCAAAACUUGAUGGAGACGUUGGGUCUCUCCGAGGCCGCAUGGAAAGGAGAGAUCUGCCUGUAA